AUGGCAAAUCACACCACGUUGUUGAGGAAGAAGAAGACGUCCCUGAACACGUUGGCGGGUUUAGAAGCGUUUAAGGAGACGUUUGACGAAACCGAUCGUUACGAAAUUCCAGUGCGGUUGGAAUUAAUAGACCAGUGCAAAGAGGACUUCGUCACCAUCAUGAACAAGUUGGAAGAAGAAAAAGAAGAAUUAGUGGAUGACGAGAAUCAUAUUCAGGAAAGAGCGUCAUUUUUCAAGCGAUAUUGUAUUGUGAAAGGGUUUCUAUUACAUCAAUCUGUAAAGGAAAUUGUUCCUACGGCGAACUCUACCUUCAAUUCGUCUUCCGGUAGUGCAAGCUUCGGUGGUCCCAUGCAGUUGCGUCUGCCAAAAAUCGAGCUUCCCUCGUUCAAUGGCGAAGCUACAAAAUGGCUGACGUUCAAGGAUCGCUUCAUCUCCAUGAUCCAUAGUGCAGCUGAAAUCCCGGCGGUAAUGAAGUUGCAAUACCUGUUGGCAUCAUUGGUGGGUGAGGCUGCGACACAUUUCGAACACACGGAGGUCAUCGCUGACAACUACGCGGUUACGUGGGAUGCCCUACUUAAGCGGUACGACGAUAAGAAGGCUCUAGUACGCGAAUACUAUCGAGCGCUGCACUUCUUGCCGCGGAUGGAAACGCACCACGUGGAUGAUCUGGCGCGCUUAGUCGAUGACUUCACACGGCAUGUUAAGGGUUUGCGGAAAUUGGGUGAGCCUAUCGAUCAUUGGGAUACUCCUUUAACCAAUCUCCUUUUUUUGAAGAUGGACAAAUUAUCAAUCGUCGCUUGGGAAGAACUCGGGUCCGAGCGAGACGGAUACGGAGAAUUGGUGAAAUUUUUAGAGGAACGCGUUCGAAUGCUUAAAUCAUCCAAGUUGCUGGAACAACCGGCAACUGACAACGUCGUCAAGGUGGCCGGCACGAAGGUGGCCGGCACUAAGUCCUCCGAUGGUAUCGGUAACCAUUCCAGCGAUUCAUCCAAGAACAAUACGUCCAAACCGUUCAAAUGUCCUUUGUUGUGCACUGAAGCCCACAACCUAAACACGUGUCAAAUGUUUGCGCAGAAAACUGUUAAACAACGUCAAGAAGUAGUGAAGCAGCAUAGGCUUUGUUGGAAUUGUUUGCGGGCAGGUCAUGCAGUGAGGAAUUGUGUUUCGAGGUUCACGUGUCAGACGUGCAAGGCAAAGCAUCACACACUACUUCAUGAUCCUGCCGCGAGUCGACUCAGCAUGGUAGUUCAGGCCGAAGAAACCCAACCCAACGGUCUAGUAUUGCUCGAGACAGCAAUAAUAUUCGUAAUGGAUGACUAUGGCCAUGUAUUCAAGGCCAGGGCGCUGUUAGAUUCGGGAUCUAUGAACAAUUUCAUGACCCAAGCCUUCGCGAAGCAAUUGUUGGGAUCCAGGGCUCCAAUUGAUAUCAACGUCAUGGGCAUUAGCAACACCAUCACGAACGUAAAGUCUGCAGUUACAAGCCGAAUUCAGACUAAAGAUGAACGGGUCGUAGCGAGUUUGCAGUUUUUGAUCUUGAACCACAACCUCUUUCCUCAAGUACCGGUAGCUGAGAUUGAUAUUUCAACGUGGAACCUGCCGACUGUUGAACUGGCAGACACUCGAUUCAAUGUGCCCGAAAAAAUCGACAUCAUCAUCGGGGGUGAAGCGUAUUGGGAAUUUCACUCCGGGAAGAAGAUUACGCUUGGCAAAAAUAGACCGUGGCUAACCGAAACGGCAUUCGGUUGGACUGUGGCCGGUAGCGUUCCAUCAAGUCAAUCCUGUGUGCCUCGAGUAUGCGGUUUAUCGUCAGCAACCGAUCCCUUAGAUUGUAUCCUGAAAAGAUUUUGGGAAUUGGAAACUAUCAAUGAUGGCAUCAACCCUACUGUGGAGGAUGCAAUGGAGCAUCAUUAUACGAAUACUACCACUCGUGAUUCUUCCGGUCGAUACGUCGUGGCUCUUCCUUGGACUAACGAUCAAUCAAUCGUCUUAGGAGAAUCGAAGCCCAUAGCAGAUCGUCGGCUGUACGGAAUGGAAAGGCGGUGGGAACACAAUCCCACUUUGAAGACGGCUUACCUCAGUUUUAUGGAAGAGUAUCUGCAACUUGGUCAUAUGCGAAAACUGGAGGAGCCGAUAGAUGACAACGUUUCGCAUUGUUAUAUUCCGCAUCAUGCGGUCUUCAAAGAAUCAAGUACGUCGACAAAAAUUCGAGUCGUCUUUGACGCGUCAUGCAAGACGAGCUCCGGUUUCGCGUUAAACGAUGCACUUAUGGUGGGACCUGUUAUUCAAGACGACCUCUUCAGCAUUUUAUUGCGAUUCAGAAGCCGAAGAAUAGCCUUUACUGGAGAUAUAGAGAAAAUGUAUUGGCAAAUACUGCAUGAUAACAACGACAAAAGGUUUUUGCGGAUUCGCUUUAGAAAGAAUCGCAAUGAGCCGAUCGCAACGUAUGAGCUGCAAACGAUUACCUACGGAACGGCUUCUGCGCCCUACCUGGCCACCAGAACGUUACAGCAAACCGCUAAGGAUAUGGGCGACAGAUUUCCAUCAGCAGUAGAUCCAGUGCUGAACGACUUUUACGUUGAUGAUCUCUUGAGUGGUGCAGAUGACGUCACAUUAGCCAAAGCAAAGGUUGUACAAAUAUAUCAAAUGCUGGACUCAGCUGCUACUGGAAACUCUCUGCACUGCAGCGUUGAUGUUGGGUAUAAAAUACCGUUGCCGAAGAUCGUUCUUUACUGCCUCCCGGAAGGCAUGCCCGUGACUUUCGUGAUACCAUUGAAUUAG